CGCUAUCAUGGCUUCUUCCAAACACGAUAUACUAAAGGCGCCUCCGAAAGGCUUGACCUUCGAUGUCUUUGGCACUGUAGUUAACUGGAGGAAGACGGUUACCAACACGCUCAUUUCCAGUGCUGCUGCCAAGGUAUCUUCAUCCUCGGGCUCAGGAGACUUGUCCCCAGAAGUUUGGACCCAGCUAUCGAAACUCACGGAUGAAGAUUGGGCUCAAUUUGCACAAGAAUGGCGAAACAGCUAUAAAAAAUUCGUGAAGGAAUUUGUCCCUGGACAAACCGAAUGGCGUGACAUUGAUACUCAUCACCACCUUAGUCUCAUUGAUCUGCUGAAGAAAUGGAAACUCGAGGGCCUGUAUACAGAGGAAGAGGUGCACCAUCUGAGUCGGGUCUGGCAUUCUUUGGACCCUUGGUCUGACUCGUCGGAAGGCAUCCAGAAACUCAACACAAAGUUCAUCACAUCGACCUUGUCGAACGGUAAUCCAUCAUUGUUGAAAGACUUGGACAAGCAUGGAGAUCUCGCGUUCACAAAGCUGCAGUCAUCCGCGGACUUCAAGGCGUAUAAACCACAUCCCAGCGUCUACAAGGGUGCGGCUAAGGCCAUGGGACUCGAUCCUGCAGACGUUGCAAUGGUUGCAGCGCAUCUGAGUGAUCUGAAGGCUGCGAGCGCUUGUGGUUUCAGAACAAUCUAUGUCGAGAGGGAGCGGGAGGAAGAUUGGAAGCCUGAGCAGGAGGAGUACAAGGACGCCAAAAAUUGGGUAGAUAUGUGGGUUAAAGAAGAAGAGGACGGGUUCGUGGAGGUUGCACGGAGAUUUGGCAUCAACUGAGGGACAGAGUACAGGAAUUUAUCCACCACGUCUUGGGUAACUGAUUACAAAUUGAGCAUUCAUGAAUUCAUGAAUUCAUCUUCCUCUGUAUGUCCUGUUAAGGUGCAGCGAAAGAGCUGUCAUAUUUCGAACCUGUUGAAGAGAAUAUUCCACAAUCUCUUACAAACAUCGGGGUUGAACCUGGAUCGCGCAGAUAGCAUCUUGCUUGAUUACAUGGCACCUAAUACCAGUACUGC